AUGGAUUCCUCGACCCUGACUUUCAGCUGCGGCAGUAGUAACAAGGAGCCAGGCAGCACUGCCAGCAGUAGACCUCCCAGUAGGGGAAGCAGAAGCGAUGACGCAAGGACAAGGGAAAGCGGCGGUCGCAGGGAGCGGCCGGGGACUUGUGAAACCCCCGCGGCCCCCGGAGCAGCUGCAACGGACGAGGACGAGCUGACGGAGGCAGACAUCAGCGUCAAGAGAGAAGGAGCGGGCCGCGGUCUACUGUGGGACGAGGAAGAAGACGAUCCUUAUGUGGUGAUGAGUGCAGUGUGGGGAGGAGGGAUGCUGGGGGUGGCCUACUUCGUAGUGGAUACUGGUCACCUCUACAUAAUGCCAGAUGCAGCCGAGAGGGAGGAUUUUGGUCUCCUAAGGAGAGUUUUGCUGCAGGUGCAGCCUCGUGUCAUUCUGGCCAGCGCUAGAAUCGACGACCGAAUGCAGAAAGUUCUAGAUGACUACAUUCACUCUCCAGUGAGUGGUGGGAGUGAGAAAGAAACAGUGGCACAGGUCGAACUCCUCCCUGGCGGAGAUUUCCGUCUGGAGUCGUGUCGGCAGCGGCUCCUUGCAGGUGUCCGUCUCCCUGGAGUUAAUCCUGACGGCUCUGCCGAAGACAAACUCAUCCAAGUUUCUUCUCUCUUUCCCCUGGAAUCUGUCAAUUUGAUUCGAUGUGUGGGUGCUCUGUUGAAGUACGUGGAGAGGAAGAGACUCGGGAUGGAGCUGGAGGAAGAGGGAGUGAGGGUGCCCGUGCUGGCCGUCAAACGAUUCUCACUCGAUAAUCUGCUGGUAAUGGAUGAGUCUUCCUUCAGUGCUCUCCAGAUAUUCCAGAAGGAGUACCAUCCCUCUGUGUACAAGUCUGGACUCUCUGGAGUGAAAGAGGGACUCUCACUCUUCGGAAUUGUUAACAAGACUCGUUCUUCUCUUGGCUCCAAACUGCUCAAACUGUGGUUCCUGCGUCCGCUGGCUGACAUGUCUGUGCUGAGAGAGCGUCAAGAGGCAGUGGAGUUUCUCAAGUCUCCCACUCAUGACGAGACCACCACCAUGCUCUACGACUGCAUCAAACAUAUAAAGAACAUCCCACGAAUUCUCUCCAAGAUAAAUAUAGCUCAGGCAUCGAUGAACGACUGGCAGUCACUAUAUAAGUGUGCCUACAAUGGUAUAUACAUCGGAGACAUCUGCAACUCACUCCCAAAGACCAUACAGAUCUUCAAGAGGAUAGCGAGGGAGUUCUCAGACGAUCUGCACCGCAUCGCCAGCCUCAUCACGAAAAUUGUGGAUUUUGAGGAGUCGUCAGUGCAGCAGAGGUUCUCUGUGAAACCACACAUUGACGAAGAACUCGACAAACUGAGGGAACUGUACAGCGGUCUCCCCGAUCUCCUGACCAGAGUGGCCCACGAGGAGCUGGAGCGACUUCCAGGCCUGUCCGAGUGCAACGUCACCUAUCUUCCACAGUUGGGGUAUCUGACGGUGGUGGCAAAGGAAGAGGUGGAGGAGAAGAAAGAAUGGCUAGCACGGAUGGGCCUCAGUCUAGUGUUUGAGACCGGGAACUUGGUCCACUUCAAGUCCGACAGAAUGAGAGACCAUGAGACGUCGAUCAUGCACAGACUCCAGGAGGUCAUUCUAGAGCACGCCUCGUCUCUGCUCACCGUGGUUGAGCUCACUGCUGAGCUGGACUGUCUGAUAAGUCUGGCUAUGUUUGCAAGAGAUCACAACUGUGUGCGUCCAGUUCUCAGUGAGGAGAACACCAUCCACAUCAAGGGAGGCAGGCAUCCUCUCCAGGAAUUGGUUGUCAGCACGUUCGUUCCAAACGACACGUAUUUGGAUCUGGAACACGGCAGAAUGAAGUUUAUGACAGGGCCCAACUCCAGUGGAAAGAGCAUCUACCUCAAACAGGUUGCCCUGAUUGUGUUCCUAGCCCACAUUGGGAGUUUCGUGCCUGCAGAAUCGGCCAAGAUCGGUAUGAUGGAGCACAUCUUCACCAGGAUCCAAACCCGGGAAUCGGUCUCGGUGGGUCUUUCGGCAUUCAUGAUAGACCUCAACCAGAUUUCAGCCGCCCUCAACGGAGCGACGACACGAUCACUGGUGGUGCUGGAUGAAUUUGGGAAAGGAACUGGCACCCGAGAUGGGAUGAGUCUGCUGGUGGCUAGUCUGGAACACUGGCUGAAGAUGAACGAAGACUGUCCCAAUAUCAUCGUCUCCACUCACUUCCACGGGAUCAUCCAACAGAAACUGCUGCCCAAAUCACCUCUCCUGGAAUACCUGACAAUGGAGACGAUACAGGAUGGAGACGAGUUGAUAUUUCUCUACCAGCUGGUUCCGGGGCACUGCGAUUCCAGUCACGCGUGCUACAUCGCCGCUAUGGCUGGUGUACCUAAAGCAGUGGUUGAAAGAGGGAGACAAGUGUCAGAGUUGUUCAGGAAGAACCUGCCAAUACCGAGGUUAAACACUCCGAGCAUGGAAGAGAAGAUACGUGUGAGUGAGAAGAUCGUGUCUAAAUUUUUUGAACUGGACUUUGAGAAAGACGACCUCGAAGCGUUCCUGAGAGAUUUCGUCAAGCCAGUUGCCAAAGGCAUUCUCUGACUUUUAUAAAAAAAAUAUUGAAGGAUCGUAUAAAAAUGAAUGAUUUCCAUGUUUGUAUAAUAUAUUCAACACACUAUAAGAAGGAUUAACAUCAACGAUAUUAUUAUGCCCAUUGAUCAUGUUGAGGAGGAGGUGUGGGAAAUAGAGAUUAUCAUUUGCUCGGCAAUCUCUACCCCAGUCUCAGACACCAGUUCCCUCAGGGGACGGUGGUAAUAUCUCUGCGCCCGAGAGUUGAGAAACCGGUACUGGAGUGGGAUGAUGUGUUGCAUGGUUGCACUGUAGUUUACCAGGAUGUUAUCAAGUGGAGUAGUUCUUCCCGGUUUUUCUGGUACCACGUCGUCAGCCAAACGGGUGUAGGCCAUCUUCGAUAGCUUCUCUGAAACCGUGUCCAUUCUGACAAAUACGUGGGUUUCGUUACACAGUACCUCUUGUGGCUUGAACUGGUUCUUGUAGCUGACUUUUGGGUUGCAGUUGUAGUAACCGAGGGCGUAAUACUGCGGCCGAGGGCCACACUGGGUCUGUAGUCGCUGGACCAGAUCCAUUUCUACCAACACGGUGUAUAUUCCCGGAGUCAUGAACCUGAUGGCUGGGUCGUAUAUGAAGUAGAUGGACACAAAGUACUUGGGAAGUAUGUCGAGAAUGCUGAUCAUGAUUAGUCUGUCGUCUAAGUAGUAGUGCAUGUGAUAGCUACCCUCCAGAUGUGUGGUGGGGUUGACCACUGGACUCGUCAUGAACCCCCACUUGAACUCCUCAGCUGAUCUGAACCGUGUCUUCCCACUGUGCACGCUCUCCUGGAACUUGUCGUAGAGUUCGUAGGCUUUGGGUAGAGUUGCAACGAGGUCAGGAUGACAGGGGUUGCACCCGAGAAGUUUCACGCUCAACUUGUGCCUAAACUCGGGUCUGGAGGUUUCAGCCAGUCUGUGGUCAGAUAGUAAAUCGUGAAGCGAGGGGAGGUGGGGUUUCGCAUGGGGCGGUGUGCUAGGGGAAUCAUCUUUCCCCACGGCCUCCAGUCGCCUGCGUCUCUUCUCCUCUCGCACCAGCUUGGCUUUCCGACAGGGAGGGCGGUUGAGGUCAGCCCCUUGACCUGGCGUCGGUCUUCUCCUCUGUCUCCCCUGCUGCCCGUGAGACUGCGACACGUCGCUUCUUUCCUCCUCUGUCGUCGCAUCUCUCGAUGCUGAGCUUCGCUCUGUAGUCACAGCUUCAGAGCUUCCCACCACCACCUUUUCAACGCCAACGCUAGCCACUACUACUUGAACUAGUCCAGCUUCACUGGUGGGUCCACAAUCCCCAACUCGUGUAUUUGGAUCUCUUGACGAGGUUGAGGAACGAUUCUCCCACCAGCUGUCCCCCUGACGCAGAAAUUGGGCCCAUUUUCGGAUGACCUUACGGUGCCUCUUCUUUAGAAC